GGCUCUUAUUGUGAAAGCGAGAGGAGGCCGGUACAAUGCUUAGUCACGGUGAGUAGCCUACAGCUUUCCCCCCCACCUUCCUAUGUGGCGCACAGCUCGGCAGACCGCGAUGGAGGAAUUGAACUAGACAACUUGUCAGUUGAGCCAAAGCUUCCUGCUAAACACAGCGGUGCAAACAGAUUCCAUAGCUGGACAACCUCGAGGAAGGCGUCUCCGAAGAAAGCCACCGAACACCUCCCCCAUUCCCAAGGGCUCCAAGUUACACUUACGACACUUUUGGCACUCUACCCUGUUUUUGUUUUUUUGUCCUUUUCAGAGUUGACAAGCCUUCUCCUGCCUCAUCUAGAGUAACUGAAUCUACAGUGUAGCACUCUGAAGGGAGCUUUAAUUAUUAACUUCUUUUAAAAUUAAGUAGUAAAUCUUAUUCUUAUUUUCCAUCACUAGAGUGAUCAAUAUGCAAGAUUGACCAGUACAUGUGGUGAAUCUGGCAAGCAUUUAGAUGUAUGUUCAGUUUGUACUGUCAUAAAAAACAUUCUCUACCUGUUAUUCUGUUUAUUAUUAACCCCUCCGCCAAAGUCAGAGGAAUCCUGAACUCAAGACCUUUUGAUUAUGUUGGAACUGCAACAUGUAAGAAUACAACCAGCUAUGACUGGCAGCUCACGUAGAAGUCUCUGGUAAUGCCAUAAUGAGCAGUAUGUCUGGACUCAAGUACUGAACAGAGCAAGGGAAUCAUUUCCACAUAAACAAAAAUAAGGCAUACCCAGGAGAGCCCGGAGCUUUCUGUUAAGCGGUCUACCAAGUGUCAGUUCAAACUUCAUCUUUUAUUUCACCCACGCCUGCGCAUGGUGCAAGAUGCCCCAUAACACUGCCGGCUUUUCUUGAGAAAGAGACCGGUAAGGAGGAGACAGGGUAGGAAAUGACAGAGUGCAUGACAGAAUGCAAAGCGCUGGUGACUCCGUCCACGCGCAACGGCCACCGUGUCUUCAGCUACACGCUAGAGAGCCACACGGCGGCCGCCUUCGCCAUCAUGAACGAGCUGCGCCUGGAGCGUCAGCUGUGCGACGUCACGCUGCGUGUGCGCUACAAAGACCUGGAGGCGGUGGACUUUGUGGCUCACAAGGUGGUGUUGGCCUCCUCGUCCCCGGUCUUCAGGGCCAUGUUCACCAACGGCCUGAAGGAGUGCGGUAUGGAAUCAGUGCCCAUUGAGGGGAUCCAUCCCAGGGUUAUGGACCGGCUGAUAGAGUUUGCCUACACAGCUAGCAUCUCUGUGGGGGAGAAGUGUGUGAUUCACGUGAUGAAUGGUGCUGUCAUGUACCAGAUAGACAGUGUUGUCAAGGCCUGCUGUGAUUUCCUCGUCCAGCAGCUCGACCCCAGCAACGCCAUCGGCAUCGCCAAUUUUGCCGAGCAGAUCGCUUGCACGGAGCUCCACCAGAAGGCCCGUGAAUACAUCUACAUGAACUUCAGCCAGGUGGCAACCCAAGAGGAGUUCUUCAACUUAUCCCACUGCCAGCUGGUCACCCUCAUCAGCCGCGAUGAGCUCAAUGUGCGCUGUGAGUCCGAAGUCUUCCAGGCAUGUGUGGCCUGGGUGCGCUACGACCGGGAGAACCGGCGACCAUACGUCCAGGCGUUACUCCAGGCUGUCCGCUGCCACUCCCUUACCCCCAACUUCCUGCAGGCCCAGCUCCAGUCUCUGGACUGGGACCCCCAGUGUAAAGACUACCUGGCCCAGAUCUUCCAGGACCUCACCCUCCAUAAACCCACCAAAGUAAUUUCUUGCCGAACACCCAAGGUGCCGCAGCUCAUCUACACAGCAGGGGGAUAUUUCCGCCAGUCUCUCAGCUACCUGGAGGCGUAUAAUCCCUGUACAGGAGCCUGGCUGAGGCUGGCUGACCUGCAGGUACCACGCAGUGGCCUAGCAGCCUGUGUGAUCAGUGGGCUUUUCUACGCUGUUGGUGGAAGAAACAACGCACCGGAUGGCAACAUGGACUCAAAUGCAUUGGACUGCUACAAUCCUAUGAACAACUGCUGGCUGCCGUGUGCACCAAUGAGUGUUCCCAGGAACCGAAUCGGAAUUGGUGUUAUCGAUGGUAUGAUAUAUGCAGUUGGUGGAUCACAUGGGUGCAUUCAUCACAAUAGUGUUGAAAGGUAUGAUCCAGAAAGGGACCAGUGGCACCUGGUAGCCACCAUGUUGACACGGCGUAUCGGUGUGGGUGUUGCGGUCAUCAACCGACUGCUUUACGCCGUAGGGGGGUUUGAUGGGGCAAACCGGCUCAGCUCCUGUGAGUGCUACAACCCUGAGAGGGACGAGUGGAGGACCAUGGCCCCUAUGAACACUGUGCGCUCCGGAGCUGGUGUGUGCGCACUGGGGAAUCAAAUCUUCGUGAUGGGCGGCUACGAUGGCACUAACCAGCUGAACACAGUGGAGCGCUACGAUGUGGAAACUGAUACAUGGGCCUUUGCUGCCUCCAUGAGGCACCGACGCAGUGCUCUGGGAGUCACUGCAUUACAUGGACUCAUCUAUGUAUUGGGAGGUUAUGAUGGAAACACUUUCCUGGACAGUGUGGAGUGUUAUGACCCUGAAAAGGACACCUGGUCGGAGGUGACACACAUGACGUCAGGGCGAAGCGGCGUGGGUGUGGCCGUUACCAUGGAGCCGUGCCAGAAAGAACUGCCACAGUGUCAGGAGUCUGAGAAUUUGAGCGGUGCUGCCUCAGCUAAUCAGUCUACCUACUCCGGUUUUAGCUCUUACCACAAUCAGCGGCACGGAGGGCCCUUUGGCAAAGGCGCAUGAGGCUCAUCGCUUGACCAUGUCACGCACGCACACAAAAUCUUGAACACACACAGACAGACAGACGAGCACCCCAAAACUCCACUCUGUCUUCCCAAAUCAAAAGAAAGCCCCUCAAAACUGAUUCGACAGAGGUGUGCUAAAACACCACGUGCUGCCGGACUGGCUGGUUCUAGAGAUCACACUUGAUAUAAAGCAAAAAAUAUAAAUCAGUAACACUUUAUUUUGAAAGUGCAGUGUUGAGGUGACAAAAAAGUAAUUUGAGUAUCUGCAUUCGACUAUCCAAAUCCAGUAUGACCCCAGAGCCUACUGUCCACUUUUCUAGACCUAAAAUUUGAUUAAUUUGUUUGGUAAAUUGUGUUCCGCCUGUUUGUGUUUUCAGAGAAUUGAAGUUAUCAGUCAGACCAUCAUCUCCCAGGUUUGAGUCUUGGGAGGAAAUGGCUGCAUACAAAAAGGGGCCAAUUACUGGCUCAAAGAAUCAUCAGGGGCUCUUUACACUUCAAGCAAAAGUUAAAUCGGGGGUGGCGGAAUAAUUCUAAUGAUCCCAUUUAUAUAACUAAAACAGACCCAAAAAAGUAGCAUUUGUUAGCAUAGGCAGUAGAGUUUAAAGUGCCAUUACUAUGCCUUUUGGCAUUACUCUCAUCCGUAUAUUGACUUAAGGGUGCUUUGAUAGAAAGGCACCGACAGUCUCUGUGUGGUGUGUAGAAAUUGGUAAAGUUAACCCAGAGAGCCACAAGAUGAAGCUUAUACGUGAGAUUGGGCCUCAUGCAAGGACAUUGGCUGUGUCCUCAUCCUAAACCUCUUACUUUUUGUACUUGUUUUGCUUUUACGUAGUCUGGCUCAACAGAUGUACAUUGCUGGAAUGUCCCUCUCCCUCUGCUAUUAAUUUUGCAAGGGCGCUGCGCUGCAUCUGGGGCUUAGCACUGCCCAGGAUGGUUGUGAUUGCUUUACAGAAGUACAAACAAGCCAGAGCAUUUUUUCGCCCUAUCCCAGAAUAGAUAAGUGUGUAGCCAGACUAUAGUCGAGCACUGGCACCUCGCUGUGGAGGUAGGUCUGGCAAUGCAAAACUAUCUUGUAUGUAUUUCAAGUCAGAUUCAGCAAACUCUCUUAACUGCACAAACUUAAAAGACUAAUGAAUGUCUCCUGUUCAUUUGUGAGGUUUUAUAACUAGCAUAAUCAACACGUGGGCAAGUUUCAUUCUCAAAAAUCAUCACCAGGAGUAAAACAAAAAUAAUUUCACAUCUUGAUGUUGGAAAUCAGAAUAUCACAUAACACAUUUAGCAGUAUCUAUAGUUGUGUUUGUGGACCCGGUUUGAUAUAGAUUUAAACUCCAAAAGCAAGGUAGUCCAUGGCUAAAGUGAGAAGCGACGGUCAGGGGAGCAUGACACUCCUAGAGAUGAAGGAGAGUAUAAUAUUCCUUUAAACAGAUGGUGAUGACACAGAUGGUUACACUGUUGGGUGUUAUAACAGAGGGUGUUCACCUGAAAAGUGACCUGCUUAAAGACCCUGAGGCAUCUGUUGGAGGGUUUUUAGAGCAACUGCUGAAUUGUAUUGUGAAUUGUAAAUUGUCAUUUCAAAAUAUGGCAGUGAAAUCCCAACAAAAAAAUUUGCUUAUUUUAGUAACACGCAUAUCUGUACAUGGCUUAUAUGGCAUGCCUUGACCACCCCUGAUUUUUGUUCACUUUUAAAAAUUGGUAAUUUCCACAAAUUCUCUUAAAUUAUUCUGUCUAUUUAAGAUUGAGGCUGUUCAUAAGAAUGGUUCUUGCAUUUGGCCCAAAGUCUUAAAUUCAAGUGCUGGUACAAGAGAAGCAGGACCUUGUAAUAACUGCGUUGUAACAAAUGUGUUCUUUCACUAAUAGCCACUGGAAGGUCAGAAAAAGGUGAUUUCUUUCGGGAAAGAUUUUGGCCAAUGAUUUAGAGUUGCUACUUCUAAGACUGUCGGAGUGUGUGUGUGUGAUCCAGUAUUAAUGGUGUGUGGAGUGCCAAGAGAAAGAAAAUCUGGGUUUUGACUAUGUUUAGAGGAAACGGAAUACUGUAGCAUUUUAAAAACUUCAAUUCAAUCAUCUCACUGUAUGUGUUUUUAUAAAAAUGCAAAUUACUGACACAGUUGAGAACCUCCAUCUACAGUUGACUUUUGGGUUUUCACUUACACCAGACCUCAGAAACAGAAGUGACCAUGUUUGCACAUUAGUGUUCAGAAAUUGUACGCUAAUGGCAACUUGCUUGAAAAAGUGUAUUUGUAACAGCAAUUUAAGCUACAAAGGUUUUUAAGUGAUGUUUUGUACAUUGAUAAUCUAAGAAGUCUUGUACAGAAUUUCAGAGCUCACUUUUUUUAUUUGUUUAGGAUUAUUUUGGUUUUCUUGUUCCUCUAAACUGACAUCAGCUUUGUAUUGAAUUGGACUCUGGUGUUGUGUUUUUCAAUAACUAGCAUGCUUGUAACUAAAUAGAAAUGCCUGUUAAUGCUAUUUUUGGAUGUUUGUAAAAAAAAAAUUGCUUCACUUUGAAAGGGACUUUUUUCUGUCCAUCAGUAGUUUGAAUGGAAAUUAGAAUAUUUAAGGUCUGCUUUGUACAUUUCUUUUCCAGCAAAAAUACCCUGUACAAUAAUUCAUUGUAAAGUAAAAUAUGUUUAUUGUA